UUUUUUUUGAAAAUUUUUUAACUUACAGGUGCAAUAUUUUUUUCGAUUUCCGGUGCUUGAAUGACGACUCCUUAUUAAAUUUUAAAUUUAAUCAAUUUUUAAUGGAAGAAGAAAUAAAAGAAAUUAAUGAAGAAGAAAUUAUUGUUGAAGAAACUCAAAAUACUAGCAAUUUAGAAAACCCCAAAAGCAGCGAUUUGUAUCCUUAUCAAUGUUUACUUUUUGUUUUUACUCAAUUUGGUUAUUUGGCCGUAGUUCCUUCAAUGCUUUCUACAACAUUUUUUGAACCAAAUGAGGAAUUUUGUCAGAAAAAUUUUAAUUCAAGUCACUUGGAUGAGUAUUUUUCAAAUUCUACUGAUUAUUUUGAAGAAAAAUUAUUCCACUCUCUUUUGAUUGAAUGGAAUCAACAUUGUCAAAAAUCUAUCUGGACUGCUUGGAUAUCAACAAUUGUUUUACUUGGAACAAUUUUUGGAUCAUUUGCCGCUGGUUUUAUGGCUGACAGAUUUGGAAGGAAACCUGUUGUUGUUUGUUCAAUGUUUGCAAUUUGUUUAUUUAAUUUUUUACUUUUCCUGGUUGGUGGUAUAAGUCAACUAGCUGCUUUCUUUAUUUUCUUUUUUAUUGGAACGGCUUGUGGUGGAUAUAUGGUUACAAAUAUGGUUUUACUGGUUGAAUUUCUUCGUAAUCCAAAUGCUCGUCUUUUAGUUGUUUCAUUAAAUGGAUGGCCGUUGGGUAUGAUUGGAACUGCUUUUUUGGCUUAUUUUUUGUGUAAUUGGAGAUUUUACUGUUUGGCAAUUUCUCUGUUUGCUUUGCUUUUUUCUAUUAUUAUUCAAUAUUUUGCUUGUGAAAGUAUUCCUUGGUUAAUUCAAUCUGGUAAAGACAGAAAAGCUCAUUAUGCACAAAAACAUUUGAUUCGGAUAAAUUCUUUUCUUGCUCUCUCAAAAAAGGCUGAACAACAAAAUGAAAAUUCCUCCAAUUUAUUUUUACCUCGUAAUGAAAACGGAGGAAUUGACUCAAUAAAAAAUGAUGAAAAAGAAGAAAUUGUCGUUUAUAAUUAUUUUGAUUUAUUUCGACACAAAACAAUAAGAAUUCGUCUUUUGGCUCUUUUAUUUUGUUUUGGUUCUUCAAGUAUUGUUUCUUUUGGACUUUAUUUUUCCGCGGAGUUAUUACCUGGAUCGAGAUAUUUGAAUAUUGCUUUAAUGGGUUUUUGUAAAUUAUUAUUUGGUUUUUUACCUUUUAUUGCUUCUAAUUUUGUUGGGAGAAAGCCAAUACUUUUAAUUUCUAUUGGUUUUGCAAUGCUCUCUGCUUGGUUUUUAGUUUUUUCUCAAAUUUUUGGUUUAAAUCAACGCUUUUUAAUUACUUCUUUUGGACUUUUAAUGACUGGAGCAGUUGAUCCAAAUUGGAAAAUUAUUCAUUUAUUUUCUAUUGAAUUAUUUCCAACACCUAUAAGGAAUAUGGCACGUGCUCUCUGUAAUGUUUUUGCUCGUUUAGGAAGUCUUUCAGGUCCCUGGGUUAUUUUAACAAAAAUUGGCGGAAAUCAAUUCUUUCCUUUUUUAACUUUUGCUUUACUUUUAACUUUACAAUUUUUUAUUUCUUUAAUAUUUUUACCUGAAACUAAAGAUAAACCCCUUCCAGAUUUUUUAUUUAAAUCUUCCUUAAAUUCUCAAAAGCAUUUAAAAAAUAAUUCAUCUUCUUCUCCUCAUUCCUUAAAUUGCUAA